AUGCGUCAGAAGCGAGCAAAGUCUUACAGAAAGCAGAUGCUUGUCUACAAUCAUAGCUUUAAGUUCAGAGAACCAUAUCAAGUCCUUGUUGAUAACCAAAUUGUGCUGGAUACGCAUAAGUCAUCUUAUGAUCUAGUCAAAGGUCUCAAACGAACACUGCAAGCAGAAGUUAAGCCGAUGAUAACUCAAUGUUGUAUGCAAGCUUUGUAUGAGACGGGUAAUCAGGAUGCCAUAGAGGAGGCUAAAACUUACGAAAGACGUCGUUGCAACCAUCCACCGAAGGAACCUAGACCUCCGCUAGAGUGCAUUAUGAGCAUAGUGGAUGUAAAUGGUAAAAACAAGCAUAGGUACGUGGUGGCAUCUCAGGAUCUAGAAAUAAGACGGAAACUUCGGUCCGUCCCUGGCGUGCCAUUGAUAUACAUGAACAGAUCCGUAAUGGUGAUGGAACCUUUGAGUAAAGCUAGUGAGACCGUUAAUAAAACACAAGAGCAUGAAAAACUGUUUAAAGGUCUCAAUGAUCCUAAAUAUGCAGGGUUAUCGCAUGAUCCAGAAUCAGCGAAUUCGAAAACGCCAGCAUUGCAAAAGAAGAAAAGACAGGCCAAAGAACCCAAUCCUUUAAGUGUGAGGAAGAAGAAAGCAAAAACUGCUUCUUCUGAUAGUAUGAAGUUUGUAGGCAGUGCUGAUGAGAACCAAGAGGAAAGCGAUCAAAGUACAUUGAAGAGAAGGAAGCGGAAGAGAUCUCACAAGAAAACGUCUGAUGCAACGGUAGCAGUCGAAGAAUCGGAUGCAUAG